GGUUAGAAGCGCCAAGAGAAAGGAAUUCGUUCACCUGACCCAGCGGGAGAACAUGAGUGUCACUGAGUAUACAACUCAGUUUGACCGGUUGGCGAGGUUAGCCUCGGGUAUUGUGCCGACCGACUUCAGCAGAAAGGAGAAGUAUCUGGACGGGUUGAAUCCCAAGAUCAGGCAUGACCUGAUGAUUACCACUGACGACAGCACCACCUACGCUCAGAUGGUGGAGAAGGCACUGCGAGCUGAGGGCGCAGUGGGAUGUAUGUCAGAUUCAGCCAGUACUCCGGUUGGUGGCGGAGCUCCUACCCCUCCUGCAUCAGGAUUUAGCAGGGGGAGUAGUGGUUCGGCCAUUGAUCAGAGGAAGAGGGCACCCACUGCUUCCGGCGGCUCGAGUCAGAACAAGAGGUUCCGGGGGAACCAGAACAGAGGGAGUCGUCCUGGUGGUAAUGAGACUCGCUUCUCCUAUCCCGAGUGCCCUAUCUGCAAGAGGCAUCAUCGGGGAGAGUGCAAGGGGCAGGGAUGCUUUCAUUGUGGCAUGCCCGGGCACUUCAAGAGGGAAUGUCCCCAGCUCCGGCCAGAGGCACCGAGAGCUCCAGCGAUGCCCACUCCAGCCAGGGUAUUCGCGAUCACGCAGGCUGAUGCAGAUGCCAGCCCAUCAGUUGUUACAGGUAAAGGCAAGGCAGUUGCUGAUGGACCGUGAGCGAGCUUAUGGGAUUGUACAUGUCGGGGCGGUUAGGCCUGGAGCGUACGAUCCUCGGGACAGCACGGCUGAGAUUUUGUAAAUGUCGUUAGACGACUUAUUUUGAUG